AUGCCUUCUGAGGUGAUAACAGACAAGUCGCUCCAACGCGAGCUAGCCGACUCUAUAAUUCGCAUGGUGCCACUGGAUGAAAUAAGGAUUCUUCUUGCUUGUGGAGCUAAGGUCAAUGAACCAGUGACACAAGGUCUACGUCCCCUGCACUAUGCAAUUUGGCAGCGAUACCUGGAAGCGACAAGGCUGCUCUUGGUACGGGGGUGUGACAUCAACGCAACUGAUGAUUGUGGCUAUAGCGCUCUCCAUCUGUCGGCAGAACACGGGUACACAGAACUAGUAAAACUUUUACUCGAAAGUGGUGCUGCUGUCGAUUAUAGACAAGAUACUGCUGAAGAAUUCCCAAGAACCACUUUGUGCGAUGAACCACUACGGCUCGCUAUACGGAAUAAACACUAUGCCGUAGCACGUUUAUUAUUAGAACAUGGUGCGGACCCCAAUAAAAGAUACUUUUUCGGCUCUGAAAUCAACCUGGUAUCAGACCCUGAAUACUUGGAGCUGCUGCUCAUGUUUGGUGCCAAUCCUGACUCAAGGGACCGAGCUGGUCUGACACCGCUGAUGAAAGCUGCUCGGCAACGGAAGGGAAUCGAAUCAGUAUUGAUGCUUCUCAGCUACGGAGCAGACAUCAACGCGUUGACAGACGCGCGAAAUGAUUACAGAACUGUCAUGCACUAUGCCGUUUUGAGUGGAAAUACCGAAGUAGUUAACCUAUUGAUAAAGCAAGGCGCGAAAGUCAACUAUGAAAGUCCAGACCUGAACAAACCAUCGCCUAUUGACCUGGCCAUACUCAAAGGAGACGUGGAUGUGGUUCAAAUGUUACUUAAAGCUGGUGCUCAUGUAAACGCGUCAAGUUCUGUGAUAGGCACUCCGCUCCAUGUUGCCUGCUCUGAUAAUAUAUCUAACAGGAAGGAAAUUGUAAAGAUUCUACUUGAAAGUGGAGCAGACCCGAAUCAAAAGGUGUACAAUGAAGAUGAUGGGGCUCAACUUAGACCGGCACUGGCCGAAUACUUAGCUAGCAACACUGAGCCAGAUGCUGAUAUUGUCUAUGCUUUGUUGAGAAGUGGUGCUAGGGUGAUAAUGAAAACUCAAUUUCGGGAUCCGGACGGCAUACUCAACCACCUUCAAAACGUCACGCUAGAAGAGUACCAACAUAUCUACUAUCUCCUUUUAAACGCCGCUGAAUCCUUUGACCUCUGCAUGAUAAAAAGAAACAACAUUCUUACACCUUCGCAAAAAGAAGCUUUAAUCAAACGUGCUAAGACUCCAAUUGCCUUGCUUGGGCAAGUUAGAAUAUUUAUGCGUAAAAUAUUUGGUACAGAUCUUGCAAAAGUUGUUAAGAAGUUAGACAUACCUACCAUUCUUCAUCGCUACCUGCUUUUUGAGUGUAGUUAA